UUCAUUUUACGUAAUAUAUUACGAUAUAACAAAUCAUGUACAGUUUGAAAGACAAAGUUGUUUUUAUAACUGGGGGGUCAAUCGGUAUCGGUGCCAAGGUAGUGGAAUAUUUACUAGAAGAAAAUGUUAAGCAUGUAACAAAUGUGGACGUUGACGAUGUAAAAGGAGUCGCAUUACAAAAUGAAUUGAAUAAGAAGUAUGGAGCGAAUAAGGUUACAUUUAUAAAGGGAGAUGUAACUAACGACGACGUUUUAUCUAAGGUUUAUGAUACUAUACUCAAGGAACAGGGACAAAUUGACGUUGUUAUAAAUAAUGCCGGAAUUAUGAAUGACAGUCUGGAAAAGUACAAAAAAUCAAUUGAAGUUAAUGUGACAGCAUUGGUCACAAAUACACUAAAGGCACUGAAAGUUAUGCGAAAAGACGAGGGUGGUAAUGGAGGAGUGAUUAUGAACGUGUCAUCUAUUGCUGCUAUGUAUCAAGACAGUUUGCUGCCAAUUUACUUUGGUACGAAGAGUGCUGUAUUACAAUUUAGUAAUUGUAUUGGGUUGCCAGACUACUACAACAGAACCGGAGUACGCGUGCUAACUAUUUGCUUCGGCGCCACUGACACCACGCUUCUAAGCAAAGAAAAGCUUGGAAAUUUUGAUGAAGAAAUUAAUAAAAACAUACAAACUGUACUUAAAAGUCAUCGUUAUCAAAAGGUCGAAUCAGCGGCACGUGCGGUUAUAGACUCAUUAAAGCAGGGUGAAAGUGGAAGUACGUGGCUUGCAAUCGCCGAUAGACCCGCUAAAGAUAUCACUGAACACGUCAAGAAAGCGUACGGUAUACUGCGAGAACUUGUGUUUACAUAAAGCAUAAAGCUAUGGACAGAGAAACUUUAUCAAUUAUUUUUUUGGAAUAAUGGGAAAAUGCCAACUAUAAAAUAUGUUUUUUUG